UGGUAAUACUGUCCUUGACUUUUAGAAUGUAGGAUUGAGAACAAUAAUUUUUAAUUCGCUUGCAAAAAAAAGUUUGCGAAAAAAGUAAAAAAUGUAUAAGCUAAAGCAGUUAACAAAAUUAAUUUCAAGUUGAAGUACAAUUCUUAAAACACAAUUUAAAAGUAAUUUAAAUGUACAAUAGUUACUUUAAAACAAGAAGUUAUCCUGAUCCUGUGCUUAAGGACAUAUUCUUCAUCCGUUGAAUUUUUAUGUAUUUGGCAAAACAAAAUGGGGAAACAUUCUCUUAAAGCAGCAUCUUUAUCGUUUUCAAAGAGCGGAAUUGCGGCUCAACCAUUGCUGUGUAAUGAAAAGAACUAUGAACGGAAUGAGGAACAGCAUUCUCUAAGUACGAAAUCAAAUAGACAUCAAAUUCACCGCCGAGCAAGGCGUUUAGUUCGAAUUUUUCUAAUAUCACUUGGAAUUUCAAGUCUUUGUUUUUUCUUGUACGUGUAUAUUCCUAUAUUAAGCGCCAUCCAUUCAAGAUCUAUGUCGAUUAGCGGUUGGGGCUAUAACACUUCCAAAGAUACUGCAAAUUAUGUUUACCCAAAUAGAGAUACUACACUUAUUAAUCCUAGUAACGUUUGUUCAAACAAUUUCUUUUUGUUAAUUGUGGUUACUUCAUCAAUAACAAACUUUGCUGAAAGAUUAACUAUUCGGGAAACUUGGGGUAAUGUAACAGAAUUUAAUUAUCCAAUGUUUUCUGAAAUGCACUCUAACAAUGCUGGUGGAUACUUAAAUGUAAAGGAAAUGGUUGUAAGAAUGCAUGCAGAUCACCUGAAUUUACCCAAUGUUACUAAUAUAAGCAAUUUUACUGAGCUUAUAAAUAAUACGACAAUACCAGUAAAAGUUGUAUUUUUAAUUGGACGUGGCGGGCCUAAUAAUUUCGUUGGAAAUGAAACUAUAUCUAGGUUAAAAGUUGAAUCUGAGCAAUAUGGUGACUUAAUUCAGGAAGAUUUCGUUGAUACAUAUAAUAAUUUGACGUUAAAAUCUGUAAUGAUGUUAAAAUGGAUUCAACAGAAAUGUUUGAAAAAAAUGAAAUUUGUUCUGAAGUGUGAUGAUGACACCUUCGUCAAUGUACCAAAUUUGUUACAUUUUCUUUUAGGUGGUACAAUACCUGUGUACAAAGAUACUUUGAAAAUGUUCGAUUCAAAAACCGUGAAUGCUCUAGCUCCAUCAAAUCGCAUGAUAAAAUCCAGGGAUUUGCUUAUAGGGUACAUGUUUUGUGAUGCUAAGCCAAUAAGCGAUAUAACAAAUAAGUGGUAUACUCCAAUGUAUAUGUAUGCGGGUGAAAAAUAUCCGAAUUAUUUAUCUGGAUCUGGUUAUUUAAUGUCAACAGAUGUUGUUGGUAAACUCUAUGAUGCCUCGCUUAACGUGUCAAUAUUUCAUUUAGAAGAUGUUUAUGUUACUGGAAUAUGUGCUGAAAAAGCAAAGGUUAAGAGGAGACAUAAUCCAUUAUUUAUAUUUCAUCAUAGUCAUGUUAGCUGUAGUUAUAAAGGAAUUAUUACCCGGCAUUAUUUAAAUACAGAUGAGCUAAGAGAAUAUUAUAAUUUUGUAGCUAACACAACAAUUAAAUGUCCAAAGCUAGAAAAAUAUUUUAGAUUAAAUCGAUUACAAGUUCGUCUAAAAAAUUGUAAUUAAAAUAAUCAAUAAUAUAUACAUAUUUAUAAAAAAUAUUUAUGUACAUAGUUAUAUUACAAUAUUUAAGUAUGUUAUUAUGAAAAAAGUCAUAUAGCUGCUGUGUAAGUUUAAAGUUGAUAUAUUUUAAUUUUAUAUUUAUUCUUGUUCUUUUUAUUUUUGAAUAUUAAGGAUAAAUUAACUAGUAAAGUUCGCGAGAUUCAUUUAUAUAAUUGCAAAUAAUGACUGCCUUAAUGUCUGUGAAUGGAUGUGAAUUUGAAGCGCUUAUAUAAAGUUGUAGUUUGUUUCUAAGCUUUUGAGCUCGAUGAUAAUUUUCAUUUAAAUUAAAAACAAAUAAAAGGAAUCAUUAUGUUAUGAACUCUUAAUAUUCUAAACUGCACUACAUAUUUUUAUAAAAUUAUUUAAAUUUCUGUGGAUGAAAAAAUUUGUAUUUUCAAAGUCAAAGUUAUAUUUUCAAAGUUUCGCAUAAAUUAUUUAAGUAAAUGCAACUUUACUAGUUUCUAUCGUAAUUUGCAUCAAGUUACUGUUAUUUUAUACUAUUUCUACUGCACAAUUUAUUGAAAUCUAAAAGUAUUAAUACAAAGAUUGUAAACAUAUAAAAUAAGCUACGUACAUGGUACGUUUUUUGUAUACUUGUAUGUCCAUUAAUAUAUA